AAAAAAAAAAUUUUUUUCACAGCAAUGAAGAUGUACCAUUCUUGCCAAAGCAUUGACUAGUUAAGAUUUUGAUGUCCAGAGCUGCUCUUAGAGGUGAAAAAUUUGGGCUUAUUUCCUGGAGCCUUGGCCAACGGAGAGGACAGUUAGUUUAAGAGAUGUGCAAAUGCUCCUGUGCAUAGAUAAGAUGAGAACAAAAGCUCAUCUCUUAUGUUCAUGCUGAGUUAACUGAAAUUACUGGUUUGUAAGAGGAGAAGAUGUAUUCUUCAGAGUGGCAGAAAGCAUGGCCAUUAAGACUUCCGUUUGGGAUCUGGGAAACUUCAGCGAGUCCCUGGUUUUAAUCAACUGUAUUUUUUAUUCAGACCAGGAACUUAAAUGAGGUCCUCUUGUGACCUAUAUAGCUUUCUAAAGCAAGAGUGAUUCUUUUGCGUGGGGUAGCUCUGGAAUGCAUCAAGGAGAUGAAACGAGCAAUGCUCUGAUGAAUACUUAAUCCCUCACAUGAGUCUGCUCCGUUAGGAGAGGUUGAGACGAGUACCCUGCAGCAGGCCUGUGGUGCUCAGUUUUGGAUAUUGGCAUGCCAAGAAAUUUAAUUAGAUAUCCCAAGCCCAGUACCCUCAACAUCAAACUACAGAACAGUAUGACACAGCUCACUUGCAUGCUCUUUAUCUCUCUCUUGUUCAAAGAGUAUUGGGUUUUCUGUUGUGGGAAAAGGAGAUGAUAAACAAGUAGUUUUGUGACAUGGGAAAGAGCUUUCUUCCUAUCUCUAUGUUUCAAUGGAUCAAGGGGGUUUCUCUUCUAGCAGAGGACCUUAUUGCACAACUUAGGAUACUGUCUGGUUCCUGAACCAAAGAUACCUAUCUGACUUUUCAGUCUCAGAAAUAGCUUUUUUAAAUGUGAAAAAUGGUUUUAUUUCAGUUUUUUUCCUUGGUGAUUGCAAGUACCACUCCUGUCUCUUCAUUUUUAACCACCCAGUCUUAACAAUCUAGAUUUGUUCUAUCGAAUCUUAACAAUACAGAGUUGUUUUCUUUUCUCUAUGUAUGCAGCUGACAGAGAUUCCAAGUAAGGAACUCUAUUAUAAAGAAUUAAUCUUGGUGUGUAAAAUGGAAUUUUAAAAUGUGCAUGAUAAAAGAAGUUGCAUUUCAUUUCUGCUUAUGCUUAAAUAAUGAAUUCAUUUAUAGCAUUAUAUCCUAGAAAAAUAAUUCUCCAUAGGCCAUGACUUGAAUCUAAUUAGAAAACUGCUGUAUUAUAGAAAUGCAUUCCACACAGAGUAGUUUCUGUAUUUAUCAGAGAAGCAGUAUAUGUCAUCGACUAAGGAUCUAAUUAAGGUUUCAAGACACUGAAAGGUAAGCACUUUAAUAAUUUUAGAUUAAUUUUACUUUUCAUAUAUAGAAAAAUGGAAGAAUACUAACAUAUCUAUUAAAUUUUCAGUUUUGUUUUGAUUUCACCUUGAAGUACUAGAUACUUCUCAAAGAGCCUAUUUGAACCAAAAUUGUAACAACUUCAUUGAAGGGUAUCAAGGGUCACAUUCUACCACCAGUUAAAUUUAUACAGCUUCAGGGAUGCAGCAGAGGGCAGGAUUUCCCUCAUAAUUUGAAUCGACUAAACCCCUGUUAUCUGGAGAAAGGCACAAAUGAUAAGGAAUUGGAUACUACCUCAAAUGUAAUAAAAAUAUGUCUUCAGAAGCAACUAAAGCAGAACACAAAACAUAUUGCUACUGUAGUUGUGCACAUCUGCACAUCUGAAAUUAGAAACUGUCCCUAACAGACAAUGGGCCAUGGCUCCCUAUUUGGAAGCUAUUGGCAGAGCUGUUCAACCUGUUUACUUGCUCAAACACAAAAUGAUCUCUUAAAUUGCUAAAACAGAUUGUAGAGAAAAUUGGCAAGAGAAGAUGUUAACAUGGCCCAGGGCUUCAUUUGUAGGAUUUGGAGUGCAAAGCCUGCAGAUACUUGUCUCCAAUGGCUUUUUUUCCUCCAUUGAAUUGAAGUGAAGGAGAAGAAUAGGGAACAGGAAAAAAUAACAACAACAUCAAUGUCUACAUUUCAACCACCCAUCAAACCAACCAUCAACAAAGAGACUGGGAUGAAACACCCUGAACUUCAGAAGCAGUCAGCAUAAAUCCCAGGAGUAAAUACUCUGCACCAAUCUACAUAAGGAUAUCUUUCAGCUUCAUUGCAGCUGGAGUCAGUGACUUCAUACUGAAAGAGGCUGGUUUUGAGUCUACAGACCAUGACAGUUUGUAACAGCAAAGGAACGUACAUGUCUGUGUGAAUGCAUAGCCAUGUAUACCUAUAAAGACUGUCAAGUGCUGCCUAAAAAAGAAAGGAGCCGUGGUGGCAUUAAGUGCAGUGGAGGACACAAAUCCAGGCAUACUGGAGGAUCUGAGCUGUUUCCUGCAGCACUGAACCUUUUCAGAGUUUUCAUUGUUGUUUCCUGCAAAAUAUUAAAAUGCGAGUGUCUGUCAUUCAGGAUCUCAGGGAGGAUGAAAAUGAAAAUGGGGAAGAAGAAGAAAAGGUCUUCCUCAAGCCUGUUAUUGAGGAUAGAAAUAUGGAACUGGCCCGAAAAUGCAGUGAAUUAAUAAGUGAUAUACACUAUAAAGAAGAGUUUAAAAAAUCUAAAGGCAAGUGCAUAUUUGUACCUGACACCCCGCAGCUAAAACAUGUGAAAAGUGUCGGUGCUUUUAUUUCUGAGGUGAAGUACAAAGGAGCUGCUAAAAAAGACCUUUCCAACUCUCUUUAUCAGCAGAUGCCAGCCACAAUUGACAGUGUAUUUGCAAAAGAAUUAAUGCAGCUUCAGAGCAAGGUACUCUAUAAACAAAAACAUGAUGCUGAGAAAGGAACUUCAGAUUACGCACGAAUGAAGGAGCCUCCAGAUGUUAAGCAUGCCAUGGAAGUCAGUAAACACCAGAGUGAUGUAUCCUAUAAGAAGGAUGUGCAAGAUACUCAUAGGUACACUGAAGUGCUGAACAGGCCAGACAUAAAGAUGGCAACUGAGAUAACAAGAUAUAACAGCAGUGCUGAGUACAAGAAAGGAAGGGGAGAGAUGAAUAAGGAGCCUGCUGUACUUGGAAGACCAGAUUUUGAGCAUGCCAAAGGAGUUUCAAAACUUUUAAGCCAAGUGAAAUACAAAGAGCAGUUCAGUAAGGAAAUGAAGAGUCACCAGUACAAUCCUCUUGACAGUGCUUCCUUCAAGCAAGCAAAGAUUGCAUCCACCUUGGCAAGUGAUGUGAAUUACAAGAAAGAUUUGGAAAGCCUACAUGAUCCAGCGUCUGAUCUACCAAAUCUGCUAUAUUUAAACCAUGCUUUAAAUAUCAGCAAAACGCACAGUGAUUGUGAAUAUAAGAAAUCAUUUAAGCAAAGCAAGGGCUUCUAUCAUUUCACCCUGGGUACCACUGAACAAAUCCACCACAAAGCAAAUGCGGUGCUUCAAAGUCAGGAAUACAAAAGAGAAUUAUGAAAAUCUAAAGGCAGAUCAAUGCUGGAGUUUGUGGAUACACCAAUGUAUCAAGUUUCAAAAGAGGCUCAAAAAUGCAAGUGAGAAAAAAUGUAUCGCAAAGAUUUGAAGCGGAUCAAGGGAAGACCCUCCUGGAUUUGAGACAACCCCAGAGUUGCAUAUAAAGCAGUCACUAACCUUCUGAAAGAGAAAGAAUAUCGAAAAGAUUUGGAAGAAGGGAUGAAAGGAAAAGGAAUGACAGUGUUUGAAGAUACACCAGAUUUGAUUAGAGUGAAAAAUGCUGCUCAGAUACUGAAUGAGAGACAAUACAAGAAAGACCUGGAAACUGAAAUUAAAGGGAAGGGCAUGGAAGUUGGUCCGGAUACCCCUGAGAUAAGACGAGCCAAGAAAGCUUCGGAAAUUGCAAGCAUGAAAGAAUAUAAGAAAGACUUGGAGAAAGAAAUUAAAGGAAAGGGAAUGGAAGUGAGCGUGGAUACCCUUGAUAUACAACGAGCCAAAAAAGCUUCUGAAAUUGUCAGCCAGAAAAUGUACAAAGAUGAAGGAAAGAUGCUCUGUAACUAUUCUACUGUCCCUGACACUCCUGAGAUGGAAGAGGAUAAGAAAUACUCAGAAAACAUCAGUUCAGUAUUUUAUAAGAAGGAAGUAGGAGCUGGCACAGCUGUAAAAGAGACUCCAGAGAUUGAAAGAGUAAAGAAAAAUCAACAGAAUAUUAGCUCAAUUAAAUAUAAGGAAGAAAUUCGGCAUGCAACAACUAUUUCUGAUCCACCGGAACUAAGGAGGGUUAAGGAAAACCAGAAGAAUAUUAGCAAUGUUCAAUACAAAGAACAGCUCUGCAAAGCUACACCUGUGAGUGUCACCCCUGAGAUGGAGAGAGUCAAGAGGAAUCAAGAGAAUGUCAGCAUGGUUCACUACAGAGAGCAGCCUGGUAAAGCUACUGCUGUGAGUGUCACUCCUGAGAUAGAGAGAGUCAGGAAGAAUCAAGAUAACAUCAGCUCGGUCAAGUACAGCAGUGAUCAGAGGCAGAUGAAAGGUAGACGUAGUGUGCUUCUAGACACACCUGAGCUAAGACAUGUCAAAGAAACUCAAAACAACAUCUCAAUGGUAAAAUACCAUGAAGAUUUUGAGAAGACAAAGGGCAGAGGCUUCACCCCAGUGGUAGAUGAUCCUAUAACAGAGCGUGUACGGAAGAACACCCAAAUUGUGAGUGAUGCAGCGUAUAAAGGUGUGCAUCCACAUAUUGUUGAAAUGGAUAGAAGACCUGGAAUAAUUGUUGAUCUUAAAGUUUGGCGCACAGAUCCUGGCUCCAUCUUCGACAUUGAUCCUCUGGAGGACAAUAUUCAGUCUAGGAGUCUGCAUAUGCUUUCUGAAAGAGCAAGCCGUUACAGUAAGCAGUAUUUACGUUCUACCAGUUUGGGAGAUUAUAAAUCAGAUGGCUCUGACACGAACCCUACCUUUUCUUACUGCAGUGAGAUAACAAGGCCUUCUGAGGAAGGAGCCCCUGUUCUCCCUGGGGCAUAUCAGCAAAGCCAGACUCAAGGAUAUGGAUACAUGCACCAGACCAGUAUGUCGUCCAUGAGGUCCAUGCAUUCACAGCCUCAUUCAGCAAGUCUGAGAACGUAUAGAGCUAUGUAUGACUACAGCGCUCAAGAUGAAGAUGAAGUUUCCUUCAGGGAUGGUGAUUAUAUCAUCAAUGUGCAACCGAUAGAUGAUGGCUGGAUGUAUGGUACUGUUCAGAGAACUGGGAAAACGGGAAUGCUUCCAGCAAAUUAUAUUGAGUUUGUUAACUAAUUUUUGUCUCUAGUCCUUUGAGCUUUAUUAUGAUUUACUCAAAAUCUAACCUUUUAGAAAAAAGUCAGAAGAAUCUUUUAAGAGUACAUGAUCAUUACGUUAUCACUGCUAUAACAGUUUGCUUUCUUACUCGGAAUCCAAUUUAGAGUUCUUUAAAAUAGAGAUAAAUAACCUGCAAGAAGCUCAGAGCUUUGAAAAUAGCAUGGCUUAUAAUCAUGCUUUCUCAAAAUGAAAAACAUAUAUGGAAGCCUGGUGCUGUCUAUCCUAUAAAAAUUUUAGUCAAUUACCUGUAAAGGGAAAAUACCUUUUCCCUACAUAUCAAAGAGGUUAUUUCUCUUUAUAAAAACCACCAUAAAAUUGAUGCACUUCUGGCACUCUGAAGGCACAGGAAGUUAACACACUGAGUUUGAACACAUCUUCAAAUUAUUAGGGAGGUGUUUAAUGUUUGAGCAGUUAGCAUCCUAAUAAAAACUAAAAUGUUGAGUAGAUAAUUCAGUCAUUUGAUAUAAUGACAAGUAAUAUGCCAGUAAAAAAACCAAUAAAAUCCCCUACUGCCCAGCAGCCUUACAAUAAACAGGUCCAUUAUAACAGCAAAAUUUUCCUGACUCUUGCAUACCCACAUUUAUUUCUGCAUUACCCAUUUUUUCUUAUUUACAAGUGACCUAUCAGCUUUGCUUGCAUCCCAAUCUGUCAGUUAGAUCCAUGAUUCUUCAGUAUCUUUUGCACAGAAGAUUCCUUGCAAAGACUAUCUAAAGUAUAAAACCUGUCAAGUCUUCUAUUUCCUUCUAACAAUAACUAGCAUUUAAAUAGAAACUUACAUUAGGGCAACGUACAACCAAUACUUCAUGUUAGUUCCUUUACCUUCACUUGUACUGCUGUAAAUAAAUAUCCUGUGUGAGGCCCCGGUGCUGUGCAGUCACACAAAGCCUGCAGUCAUACCCCUCCUUCUUACCUACCACAGGUAACUUGCUUAAUGGCUGCUUUGCUGAUGAGCUAAUGUACCUACCCCUGCUUCAGAUAUACUUAUGCCUCCAUUGAGGAGUGGAGGAGAGCUCUGUUUAUUGUAGUGCGUUUCAGAUCAAUGACCUAUUGCUUCAGUUUACUCAAAAAAUCUUGGUGAUCCAACAGUGGGUUGUACGCUUGCCAAAUGUUUAAUGAUGGAGAAAUAUUAUGUUUUCUUUUACUGACUUGAUCUUUCUCAUAACUGACACUGAAGGGAAAGCUAACUAAACAAAAGUCCAACAUACUCUAUGCCAUUAUGUUUCAGUUUAGCCAUCUGUAGAAAACAGUAAAAAUAUUCUGCUGACAAACCUUCACAUAUGCUGUUUGGUGUCUGUUAACAUUAUGGUCAGAACUGAGAGAUCCAGGUCUCAGUCUGUGAGGCUGAGGAGAGGAUCAAACAACUGGUGACAUAAUGGACCUGUAAGAGGGACUGUGUCAGCAGGCUUGGGUCACAGGGAACUUGCAUUUGCUUUGACUGGAUGCUGCAUUCUCUCCCAGGGAGAAAUUCUGUGAGGAAGGACAAAAGAGUUAAAGAUUCAUGUGGGAACUUAUUUGUGCAGAUGCAGUAAAUGUUUUUACUGAUAAUUUAAUUUGUGAAGUUCAGCCAUGUGCUAGAGAAGUUAGAGGCGCUUGUAGUAACCCUCAGAAUAUUGAGUCUGCACUGGCUUUCUUCCAUUUCUAAAAUUUUUAAAAUAGAAUUAAAUAUAGAGCUUAUAGACAAUUUUGUAUUUCUCAUUUCACAAAGUAGGCAACUUUGCAAUAUCUAUUUAAAGAAUAAGGAAGGCAGAAUGGAUUUGUUAUGUCAACUGAAAGUUGUCAGUGCAAAUACCUGCACGUUCUAUUUUUGCAUACAAUUAGGAAUUGGAAAGCUUAUGCAAUUUUAUUUUGGGUUUUACUAACUCGGGGCUGAUUCCAGCUGCCAAACAGAAUGGAAUGACUGCCUUAGAAAAAAAAAAAAUUAAAAAAUGUCCAUGACUGUGGAAUUGCCUGGGCUUUCUUGUCAGCAGCCUAAUUCCAAGGCUAAAGCUGUCCAGGAGCAUCUAACUUCAAAAAGUAUUGUUUAAAACCACAGAUUCACUACUGUAAAUAUCCAGUCUCUAUGGGUGACUGCUGUCAUUUAAAAUUCUUGAAAGUUUUGCAUAAGGAGCUGCUGCUGCUGCUGCAGCAGAACCUUAUGCAUUCCUGGUGACAUCCACGUGAAAUUAGCAAACUUUGCAAGUGAAAUGGCUUUUUCAAAAGGCUGAUGUGAUAUGCUGAGCUACAAGCUCUGUAAAAAGCAGUCUGCUUCUGUGUUGGUUUUCAUCACUAGCCGUCAACAGCAGGGAGAGGAAUUUCAUCUUAUGCUGGGUAGCAAAUUUUUCAAAUGAUGCCUGAGGCACAAUUGGCUGUCACUUGCUGCUUGCUGCUCUAUUAGCUGUGUAAUGCUGACAACAAUAAAAACAAAUUGUCAGUUUGUUAACCCAAUAAAAUUUAGAGAAUAGAUAUAUUGAAUCAAGUUACAGAUUUUAGUGAUUUAUAAAAAAGAAUCUAUAAAUAGAUGAUCAUUCUUCCUAAAUGAGGAGAUGACUUGCAGUGUUGAACACUUUACGUAUAGAAGUAAAUGAGAAAAUGGGCAUUUGAUGACAUUAGAGAACUAUGUUGUAAUAAACAAUCAAAAUAAGAUUUCCUUUAUGAAUUUUGAAAAUUCAUUACCUUGGUAGAGCAGCUAAAGCAAUAUGCAAAAAAAUAAAAGGUCAAGAAAACAAAACAGUAUGAGAAUUGUAUUUCUCUUGAGAAUGGUAUAUCAGCAAAAUUAUUAAGAUCUGGUUUAAGUUACUCAUUCAUGUAACCAAGUUUUUUAUGUCAUAUAUGCUUAGGAAUUCAUGUUUAUGUGGAACAGUUCCUGCUUUUUGAUAUAAAACAAACUUUAGUGUCAUUAUGCAGCUUUUUUCUAAGCAAAGCAAUCAAAGGCCCAAAAUUAUCAGAGUGCAAUUAAAAAGAUGUUUUUAUAAGAUCUAAAAUUUGUAAGGUGGGGAAAGUAAGUCAUAAAUUAAAUUGUGCCAGCAUAGGCAUAUGUUGGAGCCUGUUACAUGCAGUGUGAUAUAGAGGUGAAAAGAUGCUAUAUGCUGUCUUGUCACCUUUAAAAUAUGUAUUCCUUUUUAGCACGGCAUGUUCCCCUCACUGUUCUUUCUUCCCAUAAUCAGUUUUUCUGGGGAAAGGAAAGGACUUUUACAGAGGUGAAUUUCCCAAGCUGUUCCAAAGUUCAGAUUGGAAGUUCACAUGUUCUCCUUUUAGAAAUAAAGAAUUCUGUAAAGAAUGCUUUAAUUCUUGCUAACACGAGUAUAAAUGUAGAAAACAACAUAGAGCAUAUUCAUACAUAUAUACAAGAACAAAUGGGUGCCUUGCUUUUCAUUACUCUUUCUUGCCUGGCUAAUCUUCAUUUUCUAAACAAAGCUACGUACAGAUACUGCAGUUGUAAUUUUUCAUUAUGGAACAUUAGCAUUUAAUCUUGAUGAAACAGGGUUUUCUUGAUUACAUUUGACAUACAAUAAACUACUUCAGCAGAUUGGGAUUUGACGGAGAAUCACCUCCCAUGGAUUAUGUUUUUGACAAAUGUGUCCCUCCCGAGUGUUCCUCAGGGAUAUGGAAGGUCUCCAAUACUUGGGAAGGUAAUAAUUCUAGUUUUUAUUGUACAGUGACUGCAUGUCAUCUUGUACAAUGGAAAUGACAAAUACCAAGGUCUUUGGCAGAAGGUGGUACAGGGUAUAAAAUUUUAGAUUUUAAUUAAGUUGAUUAAUACUCCAUUUAAACUAUAGAAUAUGCUUUAGUUAGAAAAUGUUUAAAUAAUAUACUGAAACAGACAAAAGAUGCUGUUGAAAGAAGUUCUCCAAACUGAUGUGCUGGCAAAUGCGAAGUACUGGUGAGCACUAUAAAGAAUAAACCAUUUCGCAAUGCUUUAGUGACUUUCUCCAGCUUUAUGCCAUAGGAACCCCAUCUCUCCUUUGGAAAGAAAACCUGAAAGCUCUAUUUCCUAUACUGCCUGCACUACAACAGUAUAUUCAAAGGAAUUUCAUAUGCUUCUUGUGUCUGAUAAAUAGAAUUUGCAUAUUGUACUUAAGUUGUAAUCCAGUUGUUGUUGACAUUUGUUUAAUUAUUAUUAUUUUGGGGGGGGGAAAUAAGCUAUACUGUAGCAUUUCAAUCGUGUAUUUAAUAUUACUAUUAGAAGUUGCUAGACCAUUGGAAGACAGCAAUGACUGUAUUGACAUUGAUUAGCAUGAUGUGGAAACUCGGCUGUUGGUUUUUGCAGUGUGAUAUAAAAAGCAAAAAUGAACCGCUGUGCAGUUUGGCUUAUGUUUGCUUUAAAGUGUGUAAAGUUUUAGUUAUUUUGCAAAACUGUACUGUAUUUGGGGGUAUACAGUUAUGGAGGUAACAAUUGUUUUUCAAAGGACAGAUAAACUUUCUCUUGGAUCAUAUGAUGUAUCAUCUUAAUUUGGCUUUUGUUAUGCAGAAAGUUAACACCAGCUAUUAAAAUAUAUUUUAGUA